AUGUUUCCAUCUAAAGUGUUGAUGGAUAAAGUGUUCGGUAACCUGGCUCACGUGCGAGGCUUGUUGACGUACAGGCUGUCUCCUCACGAGCUGAAACCAUUCGCCGGAGCCUUCUCCAAGGGCGGACCCAACAUGAUCCCUCGGACCACCUCAACUAUCAUGACCUGGCUGCCAGUAUUAAUAACUUCUGUAUUCAUUUACGUGACCGUCGAGAAGAGUCACAAGAAGAGACAACGGAAGAACCCGAACGACUACCUCAACGAAGUGGACCCGAACACUCUUAUUGAUUGA